ACGUUAUUCCCAGCUUGUGCGUGAUCGUGUGAUGACGCAUUACACGCGCAGACACGUCGGUAUAAAUAAAAUGAAUUAAGGCGCAUAGGAUCAAACGAGUUUGCGCUUUCGUGUGUUAACGUCAUACAAAAUGGCCAACAGAUCUCUGCUGUUGUGCCUCUUAAUUAUUGUGAGUGCGUGCGUGAUUGAUAUAGAAUGCCGUAGAGGCGGUAGUAGCAGCAGUCGAAGUUCCGGGAGAAGUUCAUCUUCUAGAGGUUGGGGAUCGAGCAGCCACGGAUCGUCAUGGGGAAGUCACCGUUCAAGCUCAAGUUCGCAUAGUUACCCAUCGUCAUCGUCCAGUUGGUCCAGUUUUGGCUCCCACCGUUCCUCAUCAUCUGGAUCAGGAAUUAGCUCUCAUAGUUACCCCUCCUCUUCAUCUGGCCUCUCAGGAUUUGGAUCAAGUUCUUUCGGUCGCGGAUCCAGUUCAAGCAGCUAUCCAUCAUCAAGCUCAGGACUAUCAGGAUUUGGAUCCAGUCAUUCUUCAUCAUCAAGUUCCUUCGGUCGCGGAUCCAGUUCAAGCAGUUAUCCUUCAUCAAGCUCAGGGCUUUCAGGAUCUGGAUCAAGUUAUCCAUCAUAUUCAAGUUCCUUUGGUCGCGGAUCUAGUUCAAGCAGCUACCCUUCUUCUAGCUCAGGACUCUCAGGAUCUGGAACAAGUUACCCGUCAUCUUCAAGUUCCUUUGGUCGCGGAUCCAGUUCAAGCAGCUACCCUUCUUCUAGCUCAGGACUCUCAGGAUCUGGUACAAGUUACCCAUCAUCUUCAAGUUCCUUUGGUCGCGGAUCCAGUUCAAGCAGCUACCCUUCUUCUAGCUCAGGACUCUCAGGAUCUGGUACAAGUUACCCAUCAUCUUCAAGUUCCUUUGGUCGCGGAUCUAGUUCAAGCAGCUAUCCUUCAUCAAGCUCAGGACUUUCAGGAUCUGGAUCAAGUUAUCCAUCAUUUUCAAGUUCCUUUGGUCACGGAUCCAGUUCAAGCAGCUAUCCAUCUUCAAAUUCUGGAUUAUCAGGAUUAGGAAGCAAACCAAGUUAUCCUUCCUCUUCCACAGGUUUAUCUGGAACUGGAAACUUGAAUCCACCAUCAACAUGGGGGGUUUCUCAGGCAAAUAUAAAUAGCCACAACUAUCCAACAUCUUCGUCGGGUAUUUGGGGUACCUACUCCCGAAAACCUUCUUCGUCUGGCACUCACUCGUACCCUUCGUCCGCUACAGGAAUAUCUGGAUCUGGGACGUCAAGACCACAUACUCCAUCUUCAUCUUGGUCAAAUGUAAAUCAGAAGCCAUCCUAUGAGACACAUUAUCACCCGACUUAUACGCAUCAUUCGUACAAUCACGGGCCCAGCUACGUACCUAUGUAUUAUAGUUCUCCUCAAUACGUGUAUGUUAACGAAUAUCGUCAUUCAGAUAGUCGUUAUAGUGAUGUUCUAAGUGGUUUAGCUUUGUACAAUUUGGGUCGAUCACACAAUCACCAUAAUGAGUAUUAUUAUCACGACGAUUACUACAGGAGGAGGUAUUACUCCCACAACUCAGGCACGGAUUCUUCAUCCAUACCACAGAACGGGCAAAGUGAAGAAGCUGUUUGUUCUUUAAAGAUUAAAGAAAACGGUCAAGCGACAUCGUUAAAAGUACCUUGCGAGAUUGUAUCGACCUUCACCGAAGGAAGUCGCAAAACCGAUAUUGUCAAUACAACUGUGUGCACGACAAACACAACUGUGAUUAAAGUGCCUCUUAAUAGUUCUUUAUCCAGUCCCACUACCGAAACACCAAGAAACGCUACAGGAAACCUGAAUUCCACUGUGUUAACGAUAAACGCGACUAGAGCUAGUAAUUUAACAGCGAAUAGUACAGAAAGUUUGUCAAUAAAUUCGACGAUAGCUCCAGUCAACCUAACAGUGACUGCAAAUAAUACAUCACCUACAACAGAAGCGACAAGUGUGCCUACAACUAAUGAUUCAGUGUUAAAUACAACACAGAAGCCAAUAUUAAGUUCAUCAGAAAAACCAAAUGUAAACUCAUCGAUAGGAAAUACAACAGUCAUUCCUACUGUCACCUUGAAACCGAAUAUUAGUGUCAAUGGAACACAAAACACAUCGAGCAACAUAACAACCAAAUAUAACACCACUACAGUUAACAUAACUGUGUGUAGUUCUACCUCUAAGGCAGUUGAUCCCCUUGAAGAAAGAGGAUCGAAAGUAAAUUCCACAAAGAUACGUUCUUGUGUAAUAGAAAUUCGUACCAAAGAUUACCUAUUGACGAAUAACGUAGACUGUGAAGUUCUUAUGUCAUAUGCAAAAAUGCCGGAACCUAAGAAAGAGAGUGAUAAGAUACUGCCUCCUCGAGAUAAGUUGAAAAAAUGGUUGGCCAGUCCGCCAUGGUGGAUGUCAAUGUUUAUCGCUGUUUAAAUAUUAUUAUAACACUAUUUUUUAAAUAUGUUAGUAAUAACUGGGGUUGAAGGCCUGUGUAGGCCUGUGUAAAAAUUAUAUGUAUUGUAAGUUUUUUCAAGAUUCGACGGCUGGAGCAGUCGGUGCUGCGUGAUAUUGAUAGCAUUUAUUUGGUUUAUUUUCAUGUUUAAAGCCACUUCAUACUGCCAAUAUAAAUAAAACAUAGUAAGAUAUGUAAUAAGAGUUCAGUAUGUAAUAGGUCACAAAAAUGAUAACAUCAUUUUGUUUUUAUGAAGCUUAUCUUACGAGUAUGGACUGAUUUAUUAUACCUACUUCGACAAUAAUAAUUGUGUUUGGUAAACAGUGAACCACAAGUCAGUGUAGAAAUAAGUUAAUAAGAACGUAAUUAAUUUUGUAAUUUAUGCUAAUUUGUUUAUUAUGACAAUGUAUCUUAGUACUUAUACCUAAGUACUUAGAAUAAGUUAUUCUAAAUCUACCAUGAGUACGGAUAAUAUAACAUUUCGGUACGUCGCAGAUGGUUAUUAAUUUGACUUAUUCAAAGAGUUAUUUAUGGCAUAAAUGUUAUAUUUAUUGUAUUUUGUAGUAUACAUUAUAUUACUUAAUGCUAAACGAUUGUAUUUUUGUUACUAAUUGUGAAGUGAUAAAAUUGAAUGUAUAAUAACUAA